AUGUCUUUCGCAAGGGGAGAGCGCGUACACUUUGACUUCGACUCAGGAGUGGUCGACAAAGUCGAUUCGGAGGAUGGUAGACCUCCUGCGCCAGCUUCCACCGCCUUCGUUGGCGAUAUCUUGGAACGCCCUGCAGCAGCUAGUCCGCCGGUAGCGCCGAUGCCAAAGGCCAACACCACAGGAUUUCCGGCGCACAAGAAGCGCGUCCCUAGAGUCUCGGCUUUCAAGCAACAGCGAGCCGCAACGGGCCGGGGUGCGCAAGCAAAUGGAGCUUCGGAACCGCCUGGCGCACAUAUGAAUGCGAGCGAAGAGAGGAGCCAGAUCGAUGAAGAGAAUAGGCAGAGACUAGCUGGAAUGUCAGCCGCUGAGAUUGAGCAGGAGCGCAACGACCUGCUUUCGAGUCUUAGUCCUUCAUUGAUCCAGAAGCUGCUCAAUAGAGCGAACAUUGACGAGGGAAGCAAUGAGCGGGAUCUUGGCCUGGAGCUGCCUGCUGCGCCUGCGACUGACGACAUCGAACCAGAAACGAAGCCUUCGCGCUCAAAGAAGGUUUCUUUUGCAGCUCAAGAAGUAGACACUUCAGAGUCUCCACCCUCUCAGCAGCUAGAACCUACACCCGUCGCUUCGUCCACGCCAGCAUCCACGGAGUCAGACGUAGCCACUUCAAUCCAACCCGACUCUGACUCAAUACACUUCCCUAAAUCACCUCAACCCCCCGACCUCGACCCCGACGACCCCGGCUUCCUCAAGAACCUCCACGAAAAAUACUUCCCCAACCUUCCUUACGACCCAUCAUCCCUCUCCUGGAUGGCGCCCAUCGACCCCGCCGACAAGUCCUCCCCCUACCACCCCUCACAGAUCGCAUUCAACGCCUCAGACCUACGCUUCGAUUUCAAGGGAAGCUUGCUCGCGCCGAGCGUAGCACGAGAGAUACCGGUGAACAAGGGUCUGCAUCAUCAUGCGGAUGCGCCUGAAGCUGCGGGAUAUACAAUACCGGAGUUGGCGGUCAUGGCUAGGAGUGCGGUGCCGGCGCAGCGAUGCGUGGCGUAUCAGACCUUGGGAAGGAUAUUGUAUCGGCUAGGUCAGGGAGAGUUUGGCUGGGAGAAGGAGAAAAGGCAGGCUGAUGGACCAGUUAAGGUGGCUAAGGAUCCGAAUCAGGACGAGGAAGAGGAUGAGGAUGAGGUGGAGAUAGAUAUGGAGGAUGCGGGUAGCGCUAUGGCGGCGGGGCUGUGGCAUUGCGUUGAGGAGGGAAGGGUGAUCGAAACAUUGACGGAGGAGGCGGGAAGAGAGAAGGGCCAUUUGACGGCAAAGACAUAUGCUCAAGAGGCCCUGUGGAAUUGGCGGAGAGGUGGAGGGAGAAAGAGGCAGGCCGUAUGA